CCCGAAAGCCACCCGUCCAGUGGCUAUAACCAGACCCCGGUAAUGGCCGCCGCCGCCGCCUUUGCGCCGGCCACGACCACUCUCCGGUUCAGCUCUUACUCAACCCUACGCUUCUUCAAAACAAGUUAUAGGUUCCGUCUGCUGCCACCCAAUCCCGAUGUUUUCCUUCCAAAAAUUCAAUUCCAUUGCGCUUCGCUCCCGCUCUGCGGCGGGGAAUUUGGUAAGAGGCACUUUUGUAGUGUGGUUGCCGCGGCCCUUCAGCAUUCCGGGGAUAGGGUGGCUGCCGCCGAUGCUGUGGAGCAGCCGGCGGGAGGAUUAGGGAACAGAGUUGGGGAGUUCAGGAAGAAGUUGAAGAUUGCCGAUGUGAAAGGCGGUGCUAAUGAAGGUUUGGACCGUGUGGGUCAGAAUGUGGUUUUGAUGGGUUGGAUUAGGACACUUCGGUUGCAGAGCAGCGUCACAUUCAUGGAGGUUAACGAUGGUUCUUGCUUGUCGAACAUGCAAUGCGUACUGAACCCAGAAGCUGAAGGCUAUGAUCAGGUAGAGUCUGGUUCCAUAGCUACUGGUGCGUCAUUAUGUGUACAAGGAACUAUAGUUGAGAGCCAGGGGUCGAAGCAGAAAGUGGAACUGAAGGUCAACAAAAUUGUACUGGUUGGCCAGAGUGAUCCAUCAUAUCCAAUGCAGAAGAAAAGAGCCACCAAAGAAUUUCUGAGAACAAAAGCUCAUCUUCGUCCUAGAACAAACACAUUCAGUGCGGUUGCACGGGUGAGGAAUGCUUUAGCAUAUGCUACCCACAAGUUUUUUCAAGAAAAUGGGUUUGUUUGGGUCUCGAGUCCUAUCAUCACAGCCUCGGAUUGUGAAGGAGCUGGUGAACAGUUCUGUGUAACUACAUUGAUUCCGAGCUCUCAAGAAGUGACUGAAUCACCUGUAGAUGGCAUUCCCAAGACAAAGGAUGGAUUGAUUGAUUGGUCGCAGGACUUUUUUGGAAAACCGGCAUUUUUGACAGUGUCUGGCCAGCUCAAUGCUGAAACAUAUGCUACUGCUCUCUCAGAUGUAUAUACAUUUGGUCCAACAUUUCGUGCAGAGAACUCCAACACUUCUAGACACUUGGCAGAGUUUUGGAUGAUUGAACCAGAACUUGCGUUUGCGGAUCUUAAUGAUGACAUGGCUUGUGCAACUGCCUAUCUCCAGUAUGUAGUGAGACAUAUCCUUGAAAAUUGUAAGGAGGACAUGGAAUUUUUCAAUACUUGGAUCGAGAAGGGGAUCAUUGAUCGCUUAACAGAUGUGGCUGAAAAGAAAUUUGUGCAGUUGACAUACACUGAUGCAAUUGAACUUCUUCUUAAAACAGAUAAGAAGUUUGAAUUUCCGGUGGCAUGGGGAUGUGAUUUGCAGAGUGAGCAUGAGCGCUAUAUAACUGAAAAAGCAUUUGGCGGAUGCCCUGUCAUAAUUAGGGACUACCCAAAGGAGAUCAAGGCAUUUUAUAUGCGUCAAAAUGAUGAUGGAAAAACUGUAGCUGCCAUGGAUUUGUUGGUUCCUCGGAUCGGGGAGCUGGUUGGCGGAAGCCAAAGAGAAGAACGGCUUGGAUAUCUAGAAGAUCGUUUGGAGGAAUUGAAGCUCAACAAGGAGAGCUACUGGUGGUACCUCGAUUUGCGGCGUUAUGGUUCAGUUCCUCAUGCCGGGUUUGGAGUUGGAUUUGAGAGGCUAGUGCAGUUCGCCACUGGACUAGACAAUAUCAGAGACACCAUACCAUUCCCUCGGUCGCCUGGCUCGGCCGAGUUCUGAUUUGAGUAAAGAGUUUGACAAUACAAGGUUCAUUACGAAUAAAAGAUCCCAGAGUUAAAAUACUCAUUCUUGUGCUGUUUCAUGUACAUUACCACUUGUUUCAGGAUUUCAUUCUAACGCGGUUCUUGGUCCACUGCGAUAAUUUAAUGGCCACUUCCUGUAAGAUGGAAAAAGGCAAGUAUUUUUUGUUGUUGUUAACAGUUGUUAGUUGUUACCCGUGUUAACUGUAAGGACCUAGAAGACGAAAUGACUAACCCGAUUUUGUCGUUUAGUUCUGAUUUGUCUUGUAAUGCGUCCCAAUGUAAAUGAGAUUAUGAGAAACAAUGUGGGCCAAAACUACCAGUCUACCACUGUUUUAAAAAAAAGUUACAAAAAUA